GCGGCCGCCGGCGGGCUUGUGUCCUGGCCCGGCCUCCCGCGCCUCCCCGCCGCCCGCGCCUCCUCCUUCCCCAGAGUGCAAGCCCGGCGGAGCCCCUGCGGAGCCGACGCACAGCCGCCGGGCAGGGGUGGGCGCGGAGGGCGGGGGCGCGGUCCGCUCGCGCCCUCCGCCUCUCUCCCGCCCCAUUCCCGGAGCGGCUGUCAAUCAGCGGCGCGAGAAGCCGGAUUGGCCGGGGGGCGGUUGUUGCCCUGGAGCUGCCGCCCCGCCUUCCCGCCCCCUCGCCCGCCUUCCCCACUCCCUCGCCCUCCCCAGGGCCCUGGGAAGGGGUUUAGCGUGGGAAAGGAUGGUUGAGUUUUAACCAGAGGCAAAGCGUGAGCGGGAUCAGUGUGUGCGGAACGCGAGCAGCGGAGCGCGGAGAGGCGCCGCUGUAGUUAACUCCUCCCUGCCCGCCGCGCCGACCCUCUCCUGAAGCCCCCGGGCAGCCAGCAUGAAGCGAGCUCACCCCGAGUACAGCUCCUCGGACAGCGAGCUGGACGAGACCAUCGAGGUGGAGAAGGAGAGUGCGGACGAGAAUGGAAACUUGAGUUCGGCUCUAGGUUCCAUGUCCCCAACUACAUCUUCUCAGAUUUUGGCCAGAAAAAGACGGAGAGGAAUAAUUGAGAAGCGCCGACGAGACCGGAUCAAUAACAGUUUGUCUGAGCUGAGAAGGCUGGUACCCAGUGCUUUUGAGAAGCAGGGAUCUGCUAAGCUAGAAAAAGCCGAGAUCCUGCAGAUGACCGUGGAUCACCUGAAAAUGCUGCAUACCGCAGGAGGGAAAGGUUACUUUGACGCGCAUGCCCUUGCUAUGGACUAUCGGAGUUUGGGGUUUCGGGAAUGCCUGGCAGAAGUUGCCCGUUACCUGAGCAUCAUUGAAGGACUAGAUGCCUCUGACCCGCUUCGAGUUCGACUGGUCUCGCAUCUCAACAACUACGCCUCCCAGCGCGAAGCUGCGAGCGGCGCCCACGCGGGCCUCGGACACAUUCCCUGGGGGACCGCCUUCGGACAUCACCCUCACAUCGCGCACCCACUGUUGCUGCCCCAGAACGGCCACGGGAACGCGGGCACUACGGCCUCGCCCACGGAAUCACUCCACCAGGGCAGGCUGGCCUCGGCACAUCCGGAGGCGCCUGCUUUGCGAGCGCCCCCUAGCGGCAGCCUCGGACCGGUGCUCCCCGUGGUCACCUCCGCCUCCAAACUGUCGCAGCCUCUGCUCUCCUCAGUGGCCUCCCUGUCGGCUUUCCCCUUCUCUUUCGGCUCCUUCCACUUACUGUCUCCCAAUGCACUGAGCCCUUCAGCACCCACGCAGGCUACAAACCUUGGCAAGCCCUAUAGACCUUGGGGCACGGAGAUUGGAGCUUUUUAAAGAACUGAUGUAGAAUGUGGGAGGGGAAAGUUUGAAAUCCCAGCUGGGCUGGACUGUUGCCAACAUCACCUUAAAGUCGUCAGUAAAAAGAAAAAGGUACACUUUCACAUAAUUUUUUUUUUUUAAGACUAAAGGUUUGUUGGUUUCCUUUCUUUUUUAAUGUUUUUUUCAUCAUGUCAUGUAUUAGCAGUUUUUAAAAACUAGUUGUUAAAUUUUGUUCAAAAGAUUUCAUUGAAAUAGUAAGUAUAAGCCAACACUUUGUGAUAGGUUUGCACUGUGCCUAAUUUACUUUGUAAACCAGAAUGAUUCCGUUUUUGCCUCAAAAUUUGGGGAAUCUUAACAUUUAGUAUUUUUGGUCUGUUUUUCUCCUUGUAUAGUUAUGGUCUGUUUUUAGAAUUAAUUUUCCAAAUCACUAUGCUUAAUGUUAACAUGAUUCUGUUUGUUACUAUUUUGACAGAUUAAGGUGUUAUAUAAAUAAUAUUCUUUUGGGGGGAGGGGAACUAUAUUGAAUUUUAUAUUUCUGAACAAAGCGUUGACAAAUCAGAUGAUCAGCUUUAUUCAAGAAAGAAGACUAGUAAAUUCUCUGCCUCCUAUAGCAGAAAGGUGAAUGUACAUACUGUUGGUGGCCCUGAAUCAAUAUGACCAGCUGCUGGUGUCUGCCAGGACUGGCAGUUCUGAUUUAGUUAGGAGAGAGCAGCUGAUAGUUAGGUCUCAUUUGGAGUGUUGGUGGAAAGGAAACUGAAGGUAAUUGAAUAGAAUAUGCCUGCAUUUACCAGCCCCAGCAAUGCAGUGAGUUUUUAAUCACACGGAUCUCAAAUUCACAAACGUUAACAUGGAUAAGGGACCAUGGUGUGCAAGCGGUCAAUUGAGUAGUACAGUGGAGCCUGUUACAUGCAUCCAAUUUUCCUGGAACUGCCAUAUUUUCUUUUUGGAAAUUCUUAUGUGAGUCUUCCUUUUGGUGCAUGAAACUGUGGUUGCUGAGAUAUUUAAAAGGGCUUUCCUGCCUCCUUUGAUUUAUUUAAUUUGAUUUGGGCUAUAAAAUAUCAUUUUUCAGGUUUAUUCUUUUAGCAGGUGUAAACGACCUCCACUGACUGGGUUUGACCUCUGUUGUACUGAUGUGUUGUGACUAAAUAAAAAAGAAAGAACAGUA